CAAUAAUAUUUUUACGAGGCAACCAAUCACAGUAGAAGCCAUACUGUAUAUAUUAAUUCAAUACAUAUAUAAUAAUAUUUCCAGAGAAAGAAUUGAAAACUUUACUACUGGUCCUGGACCACGGCCAUCAUCUAUAUCUUCUUCUUCUUCUUCUUCUUUCUUCUUCUUCUGCUUCUUCAUUGGAAACUUAUUUAAAAUAAUAAUAACUAUAUGUGCAUACAUAUAUGUUAAAACUCUUCGUGUUUGGAUCUGAUGUUAGAGAAGCAAUAAUGUAGCCCAGUUAUUGGUCAGUACGGGCUUUAACAAGUUGGUAAUAUAUAUGUAUAUAAUAUAUGAAAAGGAAUAUAUAAUGCUACGUAUCCUAACAUUGUCCAUAGCCUAUAUACAAAUAUAAAAAUAAAUAUAUAUAUAUAUGUUUUAGUCUCUCUCCACCAUAAUUAUUAACGUUGUCCACUCUUUUUAGCUAUAGAUAACCAGUUUAACCCUUUCAAACCAAAACAAGCACCUUCUUUCUCGAGACAAAACCACAAAACGACAAAACAGGCAUUAUCAUGGGCGACGAUAGGGAGGGGCGGGGCUGUAGUGACUCUUCUUGUUUCUUCUGCGCCAUGAACGAGUCCAACAGGUCCCUCCGGCGAGUUAAACUCGUCCAGUGCUUCAAGGAAAUGCCUCAAAGAGACGACCAAGAACACGUCCUGGCGUUGACUAGUCUCUGGAACAUAGCUAUGACCGAACCAAACGACCCUGAAUUUCCUUCCCUCGGAGUCUUCGAGUGCAUGGCAAAACUGAUUCAAAGAGCGGUCAACGACAAGAAAUGGUUGGUCAGCGGUCAGAACAUCUAUAUUCCCUACUACGCAGCCCACGUUAUCGGUUCUUAUACCAUGAACAAGGCUCACUUGGCGGAGAAGGCUGUGAAAUCCGGUGUCGUUUUGCCGUUAAUCGAGAUUUUGAGAGGAAAGACUAGUACUUGGGUCGAGAAGAGAGUUGCGACUCGUGCUCUGGGUCAUAUUGCUAGCCAUGAUAGAACCUUCGACGCCAUUAUUGCGGCAGGGCAUGAAAAAGAGGUCGUGGAACUAUCGAUGGAGAUAGCUUUGACUUGUCUCGACGAGGUAUACGACAAGUUUAUUGGUCUGAGCUACAAGAAAAGACUUAAGUAUCAUUCUAAUCUGCUUACCAAAGGGCUUGGUGGGUUGGAGAUUGAGAAUAAAAAAGCAGAGAAAUGGGCUAGCCAGCUCCAGUGUUGGUCUCUUUAUCUUCUUAAUUGCAUUGCUUGUAGAGAAAGGUCUUUGGAAAUAAUCUGUAACAAAUUUUUUUUGGAGGAGCUUUGUGGAAUGUGGGGUGGUUUAGCCAAUCCGAGAUCGCCAUCUGGCAUUGGACUGAUCAGAACUCUUUGUGAAACCAAAAUGGGACGACGAAGUAUAGCAGAUUUGGACCAAGUUAUAGAGACGAUAUGUAAUAUAUCGAGGUCAUCGGACGAUUGGCAAAUCAUGGCCAUUGAUUCUCUUCUGCUUCUUCUCAAAGACCCAGAAACCAGAUAUAAAGUUAUUGGAAUCUCAGUUCUUUGUCUUGGUGAUUUGGUCGAGCUUCGAAGCUGUGGAGGAAAACCAAAAGUUGGACAGAGAAUCACUCAGACCCUUUUGCAGGAUUACCAUAAAAUCAAGUAUGGUGAUUUAAGAUUGAAGAGUAAGAAGGCGGAGAAAGCUUUAGAAGAGGUAUGGGAUAUGAAGGUUGAUAGAAAAAAGAGAGAGAAGAUAAUGAGUGAAGAAGAGAUCAGUGAGAGAAAAACUUUGGUGGGACAAUUCAAAAAGGAAGGAAAUUUACACUUUUGGUCUGGGGAUAUUGAAAAUGCUGUGAAGAAAUAUUCGAAAGCUUUGUUCUUGUGUCCAUUAAAGAGGAGAAAAGAGAGAAUUGUGAUUCAUAGCAAUAGAGCUCAGUGUUAUUUACUACUGAGACAACCGGAUUCGGCCAUUAGUGACACAACCAGAGCUUUGUGUUUAUCUAGUUCCGUGAGUCCUCAUUGUAAGAGCCUGUGGAGGAGGUCCCAGGCUUAUGACAUGAAAGGGUUAGCGAGAGAGAGUUUGAUGGAUUGCUUGACGUUUGUCAGAGAGAGAAUCAAGUCUGAGAAGACCAGCGAACGCGGCAGGAUCCCCUACUACUCAGCAUGUAUGAUCAACAAACAGAUAAACGCCACGUGGAUUUUUGCUCGGGCCAGUUCUAAGUCGUGUAACAACGACCAUGAAGAUAUAGCAAAAGAAAUUAACGGUCAUGAUGAAGUUGAUCAGAACAUAAUGACUCCUCACUGUAAAUCUACCAUUUUAAAACCUUCGGUCGAAAAACAAUUGAGGAGAAGAAAGCUACAAAUGUUGGGACGUGGUAGUAAGAAAAGUAACGGCGUCAAUAAUAGGUUGGCAGCUUCGCACACGCGAACAAAAAAAACAGGUCAAAAAGAACAAGAAUCUAGAGAGCUCAUUAUGCCGGGAAACACAUUAGAAAGAUUGCUUAAUAAAUAUUGACCGUUUGACGAACAUGACUACAUGGGGUCAAACUUCUCUGCUCUACGGUUGGAUGAUUACAAUAGUUUUGAGCCUGAGAGAAGCAUAAAUAUUGUACAUUUCACUUGUAAUGUUGUUUACUAAUGUAUAUAUAGCCUUUAGUUGCA